AUGAAAAAUGCAACUGUGCUCACAGAAUUUGUUCUUACAGGGCUCACUGAUCGCCCAGGGCUCCAGCUGCCCCUUUUCUUGCUGUUCCUGGUGAUCUAUCUCAUCACUAUUGUGGGGAACCUUGGUCUGAUCACUCUCAUCUGGAAUGACCCUCACCUUCACAUCCCCAUGUACUUCUUCCUUGGUCAUCUGGCCUUUGUGGAUGCUUGUUUGUCAUCCACAGUGACACCGAAGAUGUUACUUAAUUUCUUACAGAUUAGUAAAAUUAUUUCCUUCUCUGAAUGCAUGAUACAAUUUUUUUCCUUUGCAGUCUUUGUAACUACAGAAUGUUUCUUGUUGGCAGCCAUGGCUUAUGAUCGCUACGUAGCAAUAUGCAAACCUUUACUGUAUCCAGUGAUUAUGACUAAUAGACUAUGUAUAUGUCUUUUAGUCCUAUCUUUUGUAGGUGGGAUUCUUCAUGCUACAUUACAUGAGGGAUUUUUACUUCUAUUAACCUUCUGUAAUUCCAAUAUAGUGCAUCAUUUUUACUGUGACAUUAUUCCAUUGCUAAAGAUUUCUUGUACUGACUCUACUAUUAAUUUUCAAUUGGUAUUUGUUUUGGCUGGGUUAAUUCAAGCCUUUACCAUUGUGAUUGUGAUUGUAUCUUAUACACUAGUGCUGUUUACAAUUUUGCAAAGGAAGUCUGUCCAAGGCAUAAGGAAGGCUUUCUCCACCUGUGGUGCCCAUCUCCUAUCUGUGUCUUUAUACUAUGGGCCUCUUCUCUUCAUGUAUGUGCUCCCUCCAUCUCAAGAAGCGGAUGAUCAAGAUAUCAUAGACUCUGUGCUUUACACGGUCAUAAUUCCUGUGUUAAAUCCAAUUAUCUAUAGUCUGAGAAACAAGCAAGUCAUGGAUUCACUGAAGAAAAUAUUAAAGAAAAAGACUUAG